ACUCUUUGUACCAUAUUCUGAUAAAUGGAAAACACGUGAAAUUUCACGUGUAAACAGUAAACACAAAGAAAACUUUUAGUUCGGGUUAAUAUUUUAUAGGUUUUUCCAUAAUUAUCUCAAAAUUAACCAUUAAAUAAGAAUUAAACAUGCCGAAGUCGAAACGAGAUAAAAAAGUUUCAUUAACCAAAACAAACAAGAAAGGACUAGUUCUUAAACAGAAAAUAAUUGAAGAAAUUCGUAAUUCACUAUCAAAAUACGAACACAUUUUUCUUUUUACGGUAGACAAUAUGCGUAAUACUAAACUUAAAGACUUGCGAAGUGAAUGGAAGGAUUCAAGAUUUUUUUUUGGCAAAAACAAAGUUAUGGCAGUGGCACUGGGUAGGACGAAAAGUGAUGAAAUUGAAGAUCAACUUAAUUUGUUAUCAAAGAAAUUAAAGGGCCAGUGUGGUUUACUCAUGACUAACAGAAAUGUUGGAGAUGUGCUUCAGUGGUUUAAAACCUACAGAGCGGCGGAGUAUGCCAGAGCUGGUUUCAUUGCAACACAAGAUGUCAUACUACCACAGGGGCCACUUGAAGACUUUUCACACACAAUAGAACCACACUUACGUAGAUUAGGACUUCCUACAUCUUUGGAGAGAGGUGUCAUUACACUUGUCAAGGAAUAUCAGGUUUGCAAAAAAGGUGUAGCAUUGACACCAGAACAGGCCAGUAUAUUAAAACUGCUUGGCAACCAAAUGGCUAAGUUUAAGCUUGAAAUCAAAUGCCAUUGGACCAAAGGGAAAGGAUUUCAUAAAGAUGUUGACAUACUGAGUGAUCAGGAGAGUGAUAAGGAAAGUGACAAUGAAAAUGAUAAUGUACUUGAAGAUGAAGAAAUGGAAGAAGAUGAAACAUAACACUAUCAUGUAAAUAAUAAAUAUUUUUAAGUUUUAUUAAA